GCAAUGGCGCGAUCUCGGCUCACCACAACCUCCGCCUCCUGGGUUCAAGCAAUUCUCCUGCCUCAGCCUCCUGAGUAGCUGGGAUUACAGGCACGCGCCACCAUGCCCAGCUAAUUUUCUGUAUUUUUAGUAGAGACGGGGUUUCAUCAUGUUGACCAGGAUGGUCUCGAUCUCUUGACCUCAUGAUCCACCCGCCUCGGCCUCCCAAAGUGCUGGCUGUGCAGCCUUUUCAACGAUCCUUUGAGGCACAGGGUUGGUGGUGAAUGCUUUCAACUUCAAUUAACAGCAAGCCUGGCUAUGGUAGCCUUAGCCAUAAGGAUGCUAUUGUUUAUCUAGCGAGAAGUCUCGAGGUUGGGCUCCAGGCUAGUUUAGCAGCUCUUUGAUGCCUUCGGUUCCCACACUACUCCGCCUGGCUCCUCUCUACCCUUCUGUUCCUCCAUCUUCAAGGCGUUGGCUUUUGGUCCUCAGUUUCUCACCUUAUGGUUGCACAAUGGCAGCUGCAGCUCCAGACACCUCACUCAUUCAAAAGGCAGGAGGUCACAGGCAAAUGGCUUUCUCCUCCGAGGCUCUGCAUUAUUGUUAGGGAACACAUGUCGUUCUAAUGCUUUGUUGGCCACCCCGAUGUGACGAAAGCCAGGAAAGGGGGUGAAUGGCCAAGGAGAGCAGGACGGUCAUGAUCAGCUCUGACCAAAUAGAAUACCUCUCCUGAGUCAGGACAUAUUGCCACCAGGGCCAGAAUCAGGGUCUGUUAGCAAGGACAGGGAGAGAGGACUGGUUCUUGGGGAGCUGACUCAGUAACUCUCACAGGCAGAAACUAUGAUGAUCCCAUUUCACCGAAAAAGAAGCUGCCCAAGAGAGCUCACAUAGCUUCAAGUGGCCAACUAAGGACUGAAGUUCAGUUGGAAAGCUCAGCUCCAGAGCAUAUGGGCGGAAGGGUCCAAGAAAGGGUGCAAGGCCCAACACUCUAGACCUGCCACUUGAAUACCUAUCCCCUUUCCUGUCUCCUUACCAACCUGCUCCUCACACCAUUUCUCAUCUGCACAGAGGGUGUGGUAUUCUGAGCCUCAGGGAAGGAGCUGUUGCAGGUAUCUAAAAUCCCUAGCCUGGUGCCUGGCAUGGAGUACAUGCUUCUUUAACACCAGCAGGUUGGUUGGGCUAGAGGUUAUGUAUUGUAGUGGUCACAACAUGGCCUGAAGUCACAUGGUUUGCAUUCUUUUUCUGGCUCUGACAUUAACAAGUGAUGUGACCUCAGGAGGUCCUUUUACUUCUCUGGGUCUUAGUUUCUUUGGCUGUAGAGUGAGGGGCUGGACCACAUCACUGGCUUUGAAACUUUCCCACUGAGCUAUGUGUAUUCAUCAGCAGUGCCUCAUGGAAGAGAGUAGGGGGAUACCCAAAGGUGGAGGCCUCAUGUCCAUAUACCCCAUGGCUAUAUCAUUACCUACUCUACGUAACAAACCAACCCAACAUCAGUGGUUUACCACAGUCACUAUUUUAUUUGCUCACAAAUCUGUGGGCCAGCAAUUUGGGCUGGAUUCAGCUGAGUGGUUCUUCUGCUGGUCUUUUCUGGGGUCAGUCAUGUGGCUGCAAUCAUCUGGCAGCUUGACUAGAGGUGGAUGGUCUAUGAUAGCCUCACUUGUGCCUUGUGGUAGGUGCUGGCUGUUGGCUGGGCCACACAACUCCAGCAGGCUAGCUCAGGCUUCUUUACGUGACAGCACAGUCCAAAGGGUGACAUGGAAGCUGCAUGCCUCUUGAAGCCCAAGCUCAGAACUUCACAGUGUCUCUUCUGCUGCAUUUUUUUUUUUUGUCAGUGCCACUCCCAAGGUCACCCUGUUUUCACCAGGAGGUGAAAAUAGACUCCAUCUCUCAAUAGGGGUAGCAGCAAAGACUUUGUGGCUCUUUUUAAUCUACUAUGGAGAUGAAGGCUCUUUGAGUCCUUUUUCCUGUCUCUUUGGUCCAGCUGCAAGCAUAAUAAUAAUCCUAUUGGUAGUUGUCAUUUAUUUGUCUAAUGACAUUAUGCACUUAACAUCAUAGCCUGUGAUUUGGAUCAGUAAAUGAGAGCAAUCUCUAAUAAUAAUAUAAAUGAUAAUCAGGAUUAUAAGUUAUUAAGUACAUUCUCUGUGCAAGGCAUUUUAUACACAUGAUCAUUGAUUCUCACAGUGAUCCUGAAUGAUAGAUAUUAUUGUCCUCAUGUUCAGAUGAGGAAAUUGAGACCCCAAGAAGUAAAAGUAACUUGCCUACAGCUGGUGAGGGACAGAGGUAGUAUUUGUGUUUCACUGUGUCUCUAAACAGCUGGCUGCAGGGGGCAGAAAGGGGGAAGUAAGGUGGGCUUUGAGACUUUUCAUAUGAAACCCCCAAAAGUGUUGGAGAAAGAGCUCUGGGUGGUCCCUCAGCUCUACACCCUGCUGUGUACUCACCUGCAACAGCCAUCGUGGACAACAUCCCCUUGGAGUUUGACCUAAGGACACCUGAUCAGGGAGUGGGCAGGUGGGUAACGUGGAUAUAAACAGCUCAUGAAGAUGGUCUGCUGCGUGAUACUGACUUGGGCUAAACUCUGCCAGGUUUAAGCUGAGAUAAUUCAUAAUCUAAAGUGUUCUUCAGGUGUCACUGUGGCACAGUGAUGCUGUAAUUGAGGUGCUAUCUGUGAAUACCUUCUAGAAGGGUCUCUGUGACUAGCUCAGCAGCUAAACUUCCCCAGAAGGGAACAGAACAGACCCUCUUAUUCCAGUUGGCCAAGGUAGACCACUGACCCUGGCUCUGCCCAUAGCAGGUACCUAUCAGUGUCAUCCUCAUCCAUGGUCACCUGGGCAGGAAGCAACAGUGGACUCCUGGAGCCAGGCCAAACUCAGAGUCCCUCCCUGUGCUACUGUCUGUUGUGAACUCAGAGCCUCCAGCCUGCUUUUCAGUCAGAAGACAAGAGCCACAUGAGAGCCCUGUGGCCAUGCUGAAAGGAUGUUUCUGGUCCGCCGGGACAGCAGCUCGAAACACCUGAUACUGUGUGUCCACUUUCCUCCCCUGAACGAGAGCUCGGCCGAGGUGCUCGAAUACACCAUUAAGGAAGAAAAGUCGAUAUUGUACCUGGAAGGCUCCGUGCUUGUGUUUGAGGACAUCUUCAGACUGAUUGCGUUCUACUGUGUCAGUAGAGACUUACUGCCCUUCACGCUGCGGCUGCCCCAGGCCAUCCUUGAGGCCAGCAGCUACACGGACCUUGAGACCAUCGCCAACCUGGGUCUGGGCUUCUGGGACUCCUCGCUGAAUCCUCCACGAGAAAGAGGGAAGCCAGGAGAGCCCCCAAGAGACCGCGCCCCCGGAUCGCCCCCAGUCUCCAGCCUCAGGCCCACAGCCCAUGACGCAAACUGUGCCUGUGAAAUCGAGCUCGCGGUAGGAAAUGACCGCCUGUGGUUUGUGAAUCCUGUUUUCAUCGAGGACUACAGCAGUGCCCUGCCCACUGACCAGCCACCUCUUGGAAACUGCCCUGCACACCCCUUGCCACCCCCCUCUAAUGCUACCUCGCCCACCUCCAGGUGGGCCCCACGCCGCCCACCGCCCCCUCCCCCAGCGCUGCCCCUCCAGCCCUCCAGCCCAGCCCAUCCCCCUCUGCUUCCUGCACCUGCCCCCACCCGGGUCUGUCCUUUGCCCAGCUCUCCCCCUGUGCCUGCCCCCCACGUCACACCCCAUGCCCCAGGUCCCCCAGAUCAUCUGAGCCAGCCACCCAUGACAGCCUGCGAGAGACUUCCAUGCCCCACCGCAGGCCUGGGCCCCAUCAGGGAGGAAGCCAUGAAGCCAGGGGCAGCCUCCAGCCCCUUGCAGCAAGCCCCCGCCCCACCACUGCCAGCGAAGAAGAACCUUCCCACUGCCCCUCCCAGACGACGCAUUUCCGAGAGGGUGUCCUUAGAAGACCGAAGUGCAGGGAUGGCAGCAGAGGGGGACCAGCUCAGCCUGCCUCCCCAAGGGACCUCAGGCAGCCCUGAGGACAUGCCCCAGGGUAGCACAGAACAAGGCCAGGAAACAGAGGUGAAAGCCAGCGACCCCGACAGCAUGCCAGAGCUACCCAGGAAGACCAAACAACCCCCAGUCCCACCGCCCAGGAAAAAACGGAUCUCUCGACAACUGGCCUCAGCCCUCCCAACUCCCUUAGAGAGCGCCGAGCUCCGCACACAGGAGAUGGCCUUGGAGACACCCAUGCCAGGUCCACCCAGAGAUGGCCAAAGCCCUGCCCCGCAGGCUGGGACUCAGCACCCCCAUGCCCCAGCUGCUGCCCAUGCCCAGAGCUCUCCAGAGUUCAAGGGCUCUCUGGCCUCCCUCUCAGACAGCUUGGGGUUGCCUGCCACGGCCGCUGACCAGGACUCCUACUCGACCAGCAGCACAGAGGAGGAGCUGGAGCAGUUCAGCAGCCCCAGCGUGAAGAAGAAGCCCUCCAUGAUCCUGGGAAAGGCGCGGCACCGGCUGAGCUUCGCCAGUUUCAGCAGCAUGUUCCAUGCUUUCCUCUCCAACAACCGCAAGCUAUACAAGAAGGUGGUAGAGCUGGCGGAGGACAAGGCCUCGUACUUUGGCAGCCUGGUGCAGGACUACAAGGUGUACAGCCUGGAGAUGAUGGCGCGCCAGGCCUCCAGCACAGAGAUGCUGCAGGAGAUCCGCACCAUGAUGACCCAGCUCAAGAGCUACCUGCUGCAGAGCACCGAGCUCAAGGUCCUGGUGGACCCUGCCCUGCACUCCGAGGAGGAGCUCGAAGCAAUUGUAGAGUCCGCCUUGUACAAAUGUGUCCUGAAGCCCCUGAAGGAAGCCAUCAACUCAUGCCUGCAUGACAUCCACAGCAAGGACGGUUCGCUGCAGCAGCUCAAGGAGAACCAGCUAGUGAUCCUGGCCACCACCACCACCGACCUAGGUGUGACCACCAGUGUGCCAGAGGUGCCUGUCAUGGAGAAGAUCCUGCAGAAGUUCUCCAGCAUGCACAAGGCCUACUCACCAGAGAAGAAGAUCUCCAUCCUGCUCAAGACCUGCAAACUCAUCUACGACUCCAUGGCUCUCGGCAACCCAGGGAAGCCCUAUGGGGCGGAUGACUUCCUGCCUGUGCUCAUGUAUGUGCUGGCCCGCAGCAACCUCACGGAGAUGCUUCUCAAUGUGGAGUACAUGAUGGAACUCAUGGACCCCGCCCUGCAGCUGGGGGAGGGUUCCUACUACCUGACCACCACCUACGGGGCCCUGGAGCACAUCAAGAACUACGACAAGAUCACGGUGACCCGGCAGCUGAGCAUGGAGGUGCAGGACUCCAUCCACCGCUGGGAGCGCCGGCGCACGCUCAACAAGGCCCGAGCCUCCCGCUCCUCCGUACAGGACUUCAUCUGCGUGUCGUACCUGGAGCCCGAGCAGCAGGCGCGAACGCUGGCGUCGCGGGCGGACACCCCGGCCCAGGCGCUGUGCGCGCAGUGCGCGGAAAAGUUCGCGGUGGCGCGGCCGCAGGCGCACCGGUUGUUCGUGCUGGUGGACGGGCGCUGCUUCCAGCUGGCAGACGACGCGCUACCGCACCGCAUCAAGGGCUACCUGCUGCGCUGCGAGCCCAAGCGCGACUUCCACUUCGUCUACCGCCCCCUGGACGGCGGCGGCGGUGGCGGAAGCCCUCCCUGCCUGGUGGUGCGAGAGCCCAACUUCCUGUGAGGGCGACGCUGGCGGGGCCGGGGGCUGCGAGACGCUCCCCCAGUCACCCCCUGGCGCACCUCUCACCCCGCCGCAGGCCGCGCACCCCCGACGGCGACGCCCACGCAGCACAGGGACACGGGGCUUUCCACGACGUGCUCAGGUCAACGUCGCAGGGCAGUUGUGAAAAUAUCAGGACGCGCGGCCAAGGCCAUUCCUGAGGGCAGGUCAUAGCACUGAGACACUGAGAGGCCAUGUUCUUCAUUAGACGGAAAGGGAAACCGAGGCUCAGAGAGGAGAGAGGAGUCCCGGGCCGCUGCCGCCAACAAACCCGCCUUCUUGACACGCAGCCCCUCCGGCCAUUUCCCGUGAGUACCCCCACGCCCACCCCAUCCUCGGUGUUUGCAAGGAGGGGUCAGAGCUUAGUUUCCCAGGACUGGCCGAGGAAGGGGCGCUGGCCACGGCUGCUCCCUGUGCCCUCAGGGUGGACCCAGCAUCUCAGGAGUACCGCAGGGUGCGUGUUGAGACCCUCACCUCUGCCGCAGAGCCUGCACUUAGCUCCCAGCGCCCCCAGACCCCCUCGCUCUGCACCCCGUCGGAAGCCGCCAGACACACGCUGGAGCCCCAAGCAAGACUGGCUCCAGGGACGCACGGACAAGCCCAGCCCCGCCUCAGGGAAAACUGACAGGGCCUUUCCCUGCAGCACGCCCCAGAGCCGUGGCCAAUUGCAGGAGCCAUCGUGUGGGGAGAAUUUAAUAAAAGCCCUUUUGAAAA